GUAAAUGGUGACAAAAUUUCCACGUGGAUCACCCCAAACACGCCUUUUAAGUGAAGCAAACUCAACCAAAAACGGUAAACAGAAAAAGCUCUCCUUUUUUGUUGACAAAAUGGCGACGAUGUUUUCCGGCGGAUUACGCUUAGCAGCGACGCUACCUCGUCGGAUUCCGAUGAUAUCUAUAUCGGAGACACGUGUCUCCGGCGAUACAACGGAUUGGGUAAAAGCCACUUCCGCUUUCUUUGACAAGGAUUCCCGACCAAUUAUGCUCUAUGAUGGUGUUUGCAAUCUGUGUAAUGGUGGUGUGAAGUUUGUUCGUGACAAUGAUCGCAAUAGGAAUAUUAGAUACGAAGCUUUACAAAGUGAAUCAGGAAAGAUGUUGUUGAGGAGAUCAGGAAGAGAUCCUGAUGAUAUAUCCAGUGUUGUCCUGGUUGAAAAAGAGAGAUCUUACAUAAAGUCUGAAGCUGUUUUAAAGAUCAUGGAAUACAUCAAUUUACCAUUUCCACAGUUGGCAUUAUUUCUGAAUCUUGUACCGCUGUUCAUUCGUGAUUUUGCAUAUGACAAUUUAGCAAACAACCGGUACAACAUUUUUGGUAAGUCAGAGUCAUGCGAGAUAUAUGCAGAUCAGUGAAUGUCAUCAUUUGAUUUAUGUAGAUAGUGUAUGCUAUAGUAUUACAAUGUCAUCUUGAUUAUACAUGUAGAUUGGUAAUUUUAUGGAAAGUUGAUGAAGCACAUUGCUCAGCUUUCGACUGAAAUUGAACCUUUGUACUUGAUGAGGAGAUAUAGAAGUCAUUAUAUACA